AUGGGCGCAGUGAGAACGGGCAAGAUGGGCCGGGGGCGCCAAAUGCGGCGGCGGGCGCAGUCGACCCGCAGCCACUUCGCCCGUGGAUCACCCUGCCCUGCCCUGCUCAGCUCAGUUCUGAUCCCCCGCCGUUCCACAAGCCGCGGUACAUCGAGCGUCCUGGAGCGGGGUGGCCGCAACAUUAGCGUUGUGAGCCGUCCGUGUAAAGCGCGCUCGGGAUCGAAACGGAACCGCGACGGGGCCGUGGGAAAGGAGUCGGGCUGCGCGAGCGCGCCGUCCACGAAUACUGUGCUCUCUAGCUUCAAAGCUAAACGAGCCGUCAACAGCCGAUACAGCAAGCGCGAAGUGGGUCAAUUAGAAAUAAAAAAAUCGAGUAGCGACCGUUCACACGGGGCACAUUCGUACACGGACGGACGCACCGCUCCGUCCAACGAAAGUGCUGAUGGGGCCUCGCGGCUACGUCACGGCCCGCGGCCCCACCGCCGCCUUACCGUUAGCUUAGCGUCUUCUCAUCUCACGCCCGUUUACAUUCCCGUAAUGAUAAAGCCGCGCACGAGAAACAAUGCGGCCGUUCGGUGUUUGGGGGGCGAGGGGCAGCUGCAUGGCUCCUCCGCGCAGAUGCUCGGACCCCCCCCCCCCCCCUCCUCCCCGCGGGCGCUCUACCAUCCCCCCACCCGCCUGUCCGUGCUGCCGGAGGCGGGAGGGAGCGACGUAAACUGCACCACCGAAUUACAGAACCUCCUUUUCUUUAACCACCUC